CUCUCUCUCUCUCUCUCUCUACGAGAGGAUAGCCUACGUUACUCAUCAUCUUUGCUGAAGCGUCUCACACAGCGAAGAAAAGCCAUGGCAGCUGCGAACCGUGUCCUUGUUUACGGAGGAAAAGGAGCUCUUGGCUCGGUGUGUGUGAAAUAUUUUAGGUCGAAAGGUUGGUGGGUUGCCAGCAUUGACAUAGUAGCGAAUGAAGAAGCGAACGCAAACGUCCUGGUGAUGGUCUGCGAGUCAUUCACCGAUCAAGCCGCUCAGGUGACGUCUGAUGUAGCCACAGUGCUGGGGGAACACAAGGUUGAUGCCAUUGUUUGUGUGGCUGGAGGAUGGGCUGGAGGAAAUUGCAGCUCAAAAGACUUGUACAAGAACACUGAUAUGAUGUGGAAACAGAGUGUCUGGACCUCAACCAUUUCCAGUCAUCUUGCAUCGCUCCAUCUGAAGCCAGGAGGCCUGCUGACUCUCUCUGGAGCGAAGGCAUCACUGGAUGGCACUCCAGGAAUGGUGGGAUACGGCAUGGCCAAGGCUGCAGUCCAUCAGUUGUGCAAAAGUCUGGCUGGCGAAAACAGCGGUCUUCCAUCUGGAGCUGGAGCUGUGGCCAUUCUACCGGUUACCUUGGACACACCAAUGAACAGAAAAUUCAUGCCUGACGCAGAUUUUGGAAGCUGGACUUCGCUGGAAUACAUCGCAGAAACCUUCUACAGCUGGGCUACAGGGUCAGGCCGGCCAGCCUCAGGCAGCCUCAUACAGUUGGUGACGACUGGAGGGAAAACUGUGGCCUCUGUGGCCCAGUAAAGGGGGAAGAGAAAUACAAAGAGAUAAAGAGUGGAGGAGAAAUAUGUUUACCAAAAUACUGGCAUUUCCGUUUAUCCAGUCUCUUUGGAAAUGCACAGUGCAGUAUCUCGGAAUGAACAAAGUAAUAACUCGACAUGUUUAUGUCUAAUUGUAUGUUUGUGACUUCCUUCUUGACAAAAAAAGAUGUGCCACUGUCGUGUGUGAGUCUUCUGUUCAGAGAAGUGGCCUUAGUUUGUGAAUACCGGUUCAAAUGCAAUCAUGUACGAAUGCUGUAUCUUCUCUCGGAAGUAUCUCCUCUCCAGUGUGUUAAAUUGGUGCUGAAUGUGUAUGGACCAUACUUGCAUAAUAAAGACAAAUAAACACAUUAUUUUGUCAACA